AUGAAAAGUGGUUGUGAUUAUUUACUUAUGUACUCUGACAAUCCAGAUUGCUUGUCAGUCUUUUGUCCUGAAACAUAUGCUAAUUGUUUGGAGUUAGAUCUUCCUAGGCAUCCGAGUGGUUCCCCUUUCUACAUUUAUGGUUCCUGCAAUGGAUUGCUUUGUAUAUCUGAUACUAAUAUGAAGAGUACAUAUUUAUGGAAUCCAUCAAUCAGGAAGUUCAAGAGACUUCCCAAAGGUCUCAUUCGUGUCAAGUAUCGUUACAGCGGCGUCACUACCAUAGCUCUUGGGUUUGGCCUCGAUGUUGGUGGAAAUGACUACAAAAAGUUGUGGGAGUUGAGAAUUUUUUGCACGGCAUCUGUGUCGAGAUACAUCAUUUCUUUUGAUAUGAAGAAUGAGGUUUUCCAAAGGAUUAUGCUUCCUGAUAGAUUGUUCACAGUGACAGAUUCAAUUUCCAUUAGGGUGUUGGAGAAAUCACUUUCUUUGUUCCAUCAUAGAAAAGAAUGGGAUCGUGGGUACCGUUACUACUAUGACAUAUGGGUUCUGGAAAUGGAUUCCUGGAAAAUGAUUCGCACGAUUCCUGUUCCGGCAGAAGGAAAAAUUGCAUGGCCAUUGGCAUUUACAGCAAAUGGUGGUGUUCAUUUUACUACGAGAUGCGAAAAUUGGCAACACAGAAAGUUAGAGUUGUACUAUCCUAAAUCGGAGCAAGUUACAGAUACUGGAAUAAAACUUGGUACCUAUAGCAGAACCAGGAGGAGGAUCUAUGGUUACAGUGAGAGUCUGAUUUUACUCAACUGA